UUUCUUUCUCUUUCCUUCGCUUUCUUUCUAAUUUUCUCUCUGAAUCGAAGUGGAAACCAACCACUGUUCGCCAUGGAAGCGAUACUGGUGGAUUGUGUGAACAAGAGUCUUCGCCUUUUCAUGCAAUCCAACGCCAUCUUCCUCUGCGAGCGUCUCUGCGCUGAGUUCCCCACUGAGACAAAUCUCCAGUUGUUGGCUGGCUGUUACUUGCAGAGUAAUCAAGCUUAUUCUGCAUACCAUAUCUUAAAGGGAACACACAUGGCUCAAUCCCGGUACUUGUUUGCAAUUUCAUGCUUUCGGAUGGAUCUUCUUAGUGAAGCUGAAGCAGCAUUAUGUCCUGCUAAUGAGCCCAGUGCAGAGGUUCCAAAUGGUGCAGCUGGUCAUUAUCUAUUAGGGCUCAUUUACAGAUACACUGACAGAAGGAAAAGUGCUAUACAUCAUUUUAAGCAGGCACUAUCAAUGGAUCCUCUAAUGUGGGCUGCAUAUGAGGAGUUGUGCAUAUUAGGUGCUGCUGAAGAAGCAACUGCAGUUUUUGGUGAAGCAGCUGCUCUUUCCAUACAAAAGCAAUACCUAAAUUGUUCAACAUCUCCGAGGUUGCAUUCAUCGGUUGAGGAUUGUAAUGUAGUUGACACUAGACACUGUGUCUCAGAAGAUAUGAGUCCAAGGCAACUGAAACUCUUGCAAGGCCUAAAGGAUAUUCCUGGAAAUCAUCAUGGAGCAUCUAUAUUAGGAGGAACUGCUGGUCAACCUAUUUAUAGUGGUCUGUCUAACAUAUCAUUUUAUAACACCCCAUCUCCAAUGGCAACACAGUUGUCAGGUGUUGCUCCACCUCCUUUGUGUAGGAAUGUGCAGCCAAAUGGCCCAAAUAUGAGCACACUUUGUGGUGAAAAUUCUCCUAAGUCAACAGUGAACUCUACUAUACAAGCUCCUCGAAGAAAAUUUGUGGAUGAAGGAAAGUUACGGAAGAUUUCUGGUAGAUUAUUUUCUGACUCUGGUCCCCGACGUAGUUUAAGGCUCUCUAGUGAUGCAAGUGUAAAUGCAAAUGCUAAUGCAACAGUUUUAUCUGGAAAUGGAACUAAUAACUCUUCCAAGUAUCUUGGAGGGUCAAAGCUUAGCACUGUUGCAUUUCGUACCAUGGCAGUUCGUAAGGGACAGUCAUGGGCCAAUGAAAAUGUUGAUGAAGGGAUUCAUAGUGAUGUUCUAGAUGAUUCUCGUUCAAAUGUCACAUUGACAACUUCUAGUUCCUCUGCUACUAUUGAAGCUAAGUCUUAUGAACAAGAAGCAGUGAAUUUUCUAGUUGGUGGACUAGUAAUGAGUGGUUCUAAAAUCAUCACUGGUGCUUCAGAAAUACUGACCCUACUAAGAGUUCUUGGGGAGGGCUGCAGACUUGCCUGCUUGUAUAGGUGCCAGGAUGCACUGGACAUCUGUUUGAAACUUCCACAUAAGCAUUACAAUACUGGCUGGGUUCUUUCCCUGGUUGGAAAAGUGUAUUUUGAAUUAGUUGAUUAUUUAGAAGCUGACCGGGCCUUUAGUCUUGCUCGUCAGAUUACGCCGUAUAGUUUGGAAGGAAUGGAUGUAUACUCAACAGUCCUUUAUCAUCUAAAGGAAGAUAUGAAGUUAAGUUACCUGGCUCAGGAACUCAUAUCAACUGAUCGCUUAGCUCCUCAAUCAUGGUGUGCCAUGGGUAAUUGCUACAGCCUGCAGAAAGAUCAUGAAUCUGCACUGAAGAAUUUUCAGCGAGCUGUUCAACUAAAUCCCAGAUUUGCAUAUGCACACACCCUUUGUGGACAUGAGUAUGUUGCCCUAGAGGAUUUUGAGAAUGGAAUCAAAUGCUAUCAGAGUGCUCUCAGGGUUGAUGCAAGGCACUAUAAUGCCUGGUAUGGACUUGGAAUGAUAUAUCUUCGCCAAGAGAAGUCUGAGUUCUCUGAACAUCAUUUCCGGAUGGCUUUCCAAAUCAAUCCACGCUCAUCUGUUAUAAUGUCAUACCUUGGUACUGCUUUGCAUGCUUUAAAGAGAAGCGAGGAAGCGUUGGUGGUAAUGGAGAAGGCUAUUUCGGCUGAUAAGAAAAAUCCUCUUCCAAUGUAUCAGAAGGCCAAUAUACUCAUGAGCUUGGAAAAAUUUGACGAGGCUUUGGAAGUCCUCGAGGAGCUUAAAGAGUAUGCUCCCCGCGAAAGUAGUGUCUAUGCUUUGAUGGGCAAGAUCUAUAAAAGGCGUAACAUGCAUGAGAGAGCGAUGUUUCAUUAUGGGAUUUCUUUGGAUUUGAAACCAUCUGCAACAGAUGCUGCUGCUAUUAAGGCUGCCAUUGAGAAAUUGCAUGUACCUGAUGAGUUAGAAGACAACUUGUAGCUCAACAUAUGAAGUGCAAAACUGCCAACUUGGUGUAAUUUAUCCGCAUUUGAAUCCUUGAUCAUAAGGAUUUGGCUCUGCUUGUGCUUUCGGCAGAUUGUGCAUUAAAAGGGAAGUACAAAUGCUUGAGGAGUGUUCUUCAUGCAACCAUCACUCCCAUCUAAUUGACGGUCUAAAGUGACCUGAGUUUUGUAGGAGAUUCACUUACUAAUGGGAUGACAUGAUGUAACUAAAGUAUCAAGAAGCUCCCACACAUGUAUCAUUAGUUCAUCCAUUCAUUUGUUCAUAAAUCACAGCUCUAGUCUGUCGCCCCUCGUUAACAUUAUCACAAGUAUUAAAUGGCUCAUUUCUUUAUUCA